CAUCAAGCUUGCGCACUACCGAACCGCUAUAGCCCGCCAGCUUGCAGCUUGGCCGGGACGUCGCCCUGGCCGAAGCCCUGGGAACGCGACCUUGCCAGUGCCAGGAAACCACGAAACACGCCCGACCGACCGUCCGCACCCUCGUCGCGCGCUCCCGCAGCGCACCGCCUCUCGCAACCCGCCGCCAUGGCCCGCAUCAACCUGCCGCCCUUGACCCGCGGCCUGCUCGCAUCCCUCGUGCUCUUCACGCUGCUCAACUUUGCCCUCCGCCCUGCAUCUAGCUGGACCGAGCGCGCUGCGAAGCCCGUGACCGCCGUGGGCAAUGGCGUGCCCUACCUCUCCAUCGUGCCGGGCGUCUCCGUCGUCUAUCCGUGGGUGUUCCUGCUGGCGACCACCGUCGAGCAGAACGUGCUGGGGCUGGUGACAACGGGCCUCACUGUCUUCUACGGGGGGCGCUACCUGGAGCGCGCCUGGGGGUCCACCGAGUUUGCAAAGUUCAUUCUUUUCGUGUCCAUGGUGCCCAACCUGCUGAGCUUCCUGCUCUAUGUCGUCGGCUAUGUCCUCUCCAAGAACGAGCGCACGCUCACCACUACGAUAUCCGGCGGUAUCGCCAUCCAGGCCGGCUUCCUCGUCUCCUUCAAGCAGCUCGUCCCCGAGCACACCGUCGCAAUCGCAAAGGGUGUCAUACGUAUGCGUGUGAAACACUUCCCCGCCAUAUUCCUCCUUGCCAACACCAUAUCCGGCAUAGCCCUCGGCACAGAGACGGCCAUGUUCCUGGCCUGGUUCGGCUUCCUGACCGCCUGGAUCUACCUUCGCUUUUACCGCAUCAGCCCCUCGUUGUCCUCUGCGGCCACGGGCGAUGGUUCCGUCAUCAAAGGUGAUGCUUCGGACACGUUCGCCUUUGCCCACUUCUUCCCCGAGCCCCUGCAGACGCCCAUUGGAACAGUCGCCGAUCAAGUGUACACCACCAUGGUAUCAUUGAAAGUGUGCACGCCGUUUUCAGCCGAGGACAUCGACGCAGGGAACGAGCAGGCAAGUGCACGAGUUGAAGGCGGCUUGCCCAGCAUCAUGAACCCCAACAGCCGCGGCGGCAAGGGUGGCCAGACGCGCGCUGAGGCAGAGCGAAGACGCGCACUGGCAUUGAAGGCGCUCGACCAAAGGCUACACGCUGCCACGGCUCGGCCUACACCAGCCCCUGCCCAACCCGCGCCAGCUGUACUAAGCACACCUGCAGGGUCAAGCUCUGAGCCAGCAACAUAGUACGACUUGUGGUCUCGGCCGCCUUUCCCUCACGACUUCUUUUUGGUCUUUGGACAGUCAUAGCGCACGGCGUUGCUCCAUGAUAUUGCUCGUUUUGGGUUAUGUUAGGAACAAGCCACGGAUAUACCACUGUAGAAAUGUGCUGUACGACUGCUGUACUUGCUAUUAUUUCAUGAAUCCACGCCUCAUACUCAGUAAGGGAUUUCCAUCCCCAGCUAAGUUCAUCGCUCGUUCUUUCGACCAAGCGUGAUUUUCUAUUCACCAACUACUGCCGCUUGUCACCACGUUUGGCACGGCAACGAGCAUGUUGGCGUGUCACAAGGACUGGACGCAACAGAAGACGGUCAGUUUCGAAUGCCAAACAUGAAUCGCGUUG